AUGCAGUGUAAUGCAGAAGCAGACAGUUUUGCUUGUUUUGUCCGACUCCUGAGUGACUCAGUGGAUCACUUCAGUGAACAAUUAGAUAACAGUUCUGUGGGCAUCCUUUCUACACUUUCCCACUUGGCAGAGUUACUGAAAGCCAAUGAUGAGGAACUGUGGCGUCAUCUUGAGUUCACAACUAAGGAAAGUUUAAUGGAAGUUAAGCCUCAGUACUAUGCAUUCCGGUGGAUAACAUUGCUACUAACUCAAGAAUUCAAUCUCAAAUCGAACCUAAGAAUCUGGGAUUCUCUUCUGAGUAAUCCUUUUGGUUUCCAGGUCGGAAAUGCUUCUACGCGUAUGCUGUGCCAUGCUGCUGUGUACGAAAAGCAGGUUUUUGAGUGGUGA